AUGCAUACCUACACUACAUCGCAUUCCAGUACGUUAUACGCGGCGCUGAAGAAGGCCACGGACACGCGGGAGGUGGCUGCUCUCACCUUCGCGCUGCAGCAGGCCAAGGAGGCGGGCGUGGAUGCCGAGUUGCUGGCGGCUUCCCAGGCCGUCUUGGAAGUCGAGGCCCCCAAGCAAGAGGCGCGCGAGGUCCUUGCAGCUCAGCUGGCCAAGGUUCACGCGGCAGGGGACCAAGGGCCCUCGCUGGAGGAGCUCACGGCGCUCGAAGCGGCCAUCGACAGGGCCCGGACGGUGCAGCUCCCGGAGGCCGAGUUCGCUCAGGCCUUGGAGAUAUUGGCGCAGGAGCAGCAGCGUGCCAUGUGCAAGAAGGAGGUGGCGAAGGUGGUCGAGAAGCGGAGGGAUGUCGACCGCAACAGCAUGGAGGCCUUGGAGGAAGCCAAAGAGGAGCUCUUCAACGCCCUGCUUGCGGCAAAGGCCGUCGAGGUCCCCUCCGCAGCUCUGCGCGAAGCGGACGGCCUCCGCAGGAGGAUCCACAAUGCUCUCGAAGAUCUCAAGGGCUCCAUCCGCGUGUUCUGCCGAAUACGGCCGAUCAACAAGCGUGAGCAAGAGCUCCAAGAUGUGGACGUCACCGACAUUGUGGACUCCAUGACAGUGAACACUCAGAAGCCGAGUUUUGGCACCAUCGCGAACGAGCCGGAACAGUUCAACUUCGACGCCGUGUUCAAGCCUGGCUCGCAGGUGGAAGUUUUCGACACUUGCAAGGACCUGGUUCAAUCCGCCUUGGACGGCUACAACGUGGCGAUGUUCGCAUAUGGCCAGACCGGGGCGGGAAAGCGGCCGCCCCAGCAUCUGCCGCCUUUAAGAGCGCAAGCCAUGGCGGAAUGCAACGUGUUGUUCCGAGUUGCUCCACACGUGCUGCUGAGGACCUUCACCAUGUAUGGCAGUGGAGACCCCAGCACAGCAGCUUCAUGA